GUGUGCUCUUAACUCUAUAUUCGUUGGGCCCAGCACCUGCAAUGGAUGUCGAAGCAAAAUGUGGUUUUUGUGGAGUGCAAUCAAAGCUUAAAUGUGCAGGGUGUCAGACGGUUUAUUAUUGCAGUCCCGAUCACCAAAAAAAACAUUGGAGAGUUAAGCAUAAAAAUGAAUGUGCUAAGCCGUACGAGUUGACAAAAAACGAUGAAAUUGGACGAUUCUUUAUGGUAACAAAACCAAUCAAGAAGGGUGCUGUUCUUUUUACUGAGAAUCCGCUUGUAAUUGGUCCCAAAUGGAAUCUGGACGAAUAUGAGCAGCGAUCAACUGUAGUACCAUGCGUCGGAUGCUUUGCGGACUGUUAUCUAGGACAAUUUUAUUGCCAAUAUUGCCGUUGGCCUGCGUGCAAAUCUAACUGUCCUGGACUGGUAAACGCUGAUUUACAUGGUUUCGAAUGCGCCAUUUUACGUUUCGGUCAUCCUCCGAAGGCCGGAGAAAAUCCAGAUGCUUUCUUAGAUUACUAUCGGUUCGAUGCAUUGUUGGUACUGAAAUGUUUGGCAAUACAAAUUCGCAGCCAUGGUCUUUUCGAAAAGAUGCUUAACCUCGAAAACCAAUACGAUGCUCGAAGGAACACUCGUUAUUACAAAGAAGCGGACGAGCGAAUCGUGUCGUAUCUAUUACAAAAUUUUCUCGAGCCACUGCAGAAACUAGAACAAAAGAAAGGUGAACGUGUUCUCAGGGUGUGCGAUAGGAAAACGCUUCACGUCAUUCUCGGAAUACUGGAAGUAAAUGCUAUGGUCAUUCCCUUAUCUAACGGAAGGGAAAUUUGUGGCCUAUAUCCCACCAGCUGCAUGCUAGAGCACUGUUGCAUUCCAAACGCGUUUUAUACAUUUGACUGCUCCAAGGGAAUGAAAUUAACUUUCAAAGCUGGACGAGAUAUUGAAAAAGGAGAACAUCUAACAACUACUUACACUCACUCGCUAUGGGGAACGCAACUGCGCAGAGAUCAUUUGCAAACAAACAAAUGUUUCGCCUGCAAGUGUAAACGAUGUGCCGAUCCUACCGAGCUAGGCACAUAUUUAAGUGCGUUACGUUGUGUGGCAAUGGAGAAUGAAAUGCCAUGUGGAGGUUUCCAACUACCAAUCGAUCCACUGAGCAAUGAUAGUGAUUGGAAGUGCAAUCGAUGCCCGGUGCAGAUAACGCAAGACCAAGUAUCUUUUCUAAUGUCAAAGAUUGGCGAACAAGUAGACGAAGUAAUGCAAAGCAAAUCAUCCGUGAGAAAAUUUGAGGAGCUCAUACAUAAGCUUCAAAACUUUCUUCACCCGAACCACUUCCAUCUUUUGACUCUCACGCAUUCACUCAUCCAAAUGUACGGCCAUUUUCCCGGAUUUCGUUGGAAUGAACUUUCCAAUAAUUUGCUGGAUGAAAAACUAGAAAUGUGUCGCAGAAUGUUAUCAAUUAUUGAAAUAUUGGACCCCGAUUCUUUUCGGUUGACACUAUACACUGGUGUGAUUCUCUUAGAACAACAGGCCACGUUAAUAGAAUUCAACAGACGCAUAUUACAACAAGCAGCUAAAAGCGCCGAUAUAACGGCAAAAAUAGAAUCAAACAAAAGCGAAGCUUUGCGUUGUCUUGUUCGUGCUAAAAACCUAUUGCUCUACGAAAUGGGCACGCAACAGGGUAAAAAAUUAAUGACACAAAUAGAGAGUGCUUUGGAAAACAUGGAUGUAGUUUGAUUUAGCGUUUAUUUCUUGCUUUUUCGCUGCCAUUAGAAAAUUUUAAAUUUUGUACCACGGACAAAUCACGAUACUAA